AGUCUACACCAAUUCGUAAUCAUAUACAUAAGAGAAAUCGGCCAAAAAAACAGUGAACUUUGAGGGAAUUGCCAAAAGAAACCUAGACAUAUGGGCUAGCCAAUAAAAUCCUGAACUUUUGUUGACUUUUCGGGUUUAUUAAGAAACUUACGAUUGACUGACCAGAUAAACACACCGUUAACCGAGUUAACUGUUAAUUAAGCGGACGUUAACUUUUGGUGUUAAAGUAUACGACGUCGUUUCAUCACUUUGUUUGAUUAAAGACAAACGACGUCGUUUAUAUAGCUGUGUUAUUAAAAAUAUGUGUUUCCAACGGCUCGAACUCGUGUCCUCGGGUUUAAUGGUAGGGGUUUUUGCCACUGAGCUAGUGGACUUUGCAAUGGAUAUACGAACACAAUUUCUUUUAUUCUUCGAAUCCGAGUUAAAGACAAAUUAAUGAAACGACGCGUUUUACAUUAACUUUUUUUAUUAAAAAGAUGGGGUUCCAUCGACUCGAACUCUUGCACUCGGGUUUAAUGGUAGGGGUUUUUGCCACUGAGCUAGUGGACUUUGCAAUGGAUAUACGAACACAGUUUCUUUUAUUCUCUUUGAAUCCGAGUUAAAUGAAUCAAAAAGAAACGACGGCGUUUUCUCGUCCGAUUGGUAUAAACCCUAAAUGGGCGAAAUCAUAAAUCCAGUUCGCGAUUCAAGCUCGAUUCUCUUCGAUUUCGUCCUUAAGAAUCUCGAUUCUCAUCUCUCCUUCUUCGAGUAUCGCAUGAUGAGUUCGGGUUGUGAGGAUUCGUCUGUGAAUACGAUGGGAAUUCGUGGUAUCCCGAAGCAAUGCGGCUGUGGUCGAAGAACUGGGAUAUACACAUCAAAAACGAAGGUCAAUCCAGGAAGAACUUUCUUUAGAUGCCCAACGUUUCAAAAUGAUCACUUGUAUAAAUGGGUAGAUGAAGCUGUCUACGAAGAGGUUCAAGAUGCAUUGCCAAAAGUUGAAUGCUUUGCAUCAGAUGUUAUGAAAAUUAAAAUGGAGAUCGAAAGCAUGAAAACCGUGGAGGAAGACUUGAAAGAAGAUGUCAGGAAGGCGAGCAAUGAACUUAAGAAGCUGAAUGUGAUCAUGAAAGUGGGUUUUUCGGUGGUUUGUUUAGGCGUUGUGAUAUGUCUUGUGUUGAUCAUGUUUGACAAAGCAGAUGGGUUGUCUAUGAAUAGCUACUAGAAGACUGUUUAUGUAAGGCUAUGUUUAUGUAAGAAUCAUGGUUCAUGUAAGGCUAUG